GCAUAGCAGCAUCGCAACUAAAGACCGACGCUCGACCCAACGGGUGGCAAGGACCAGCCUGAACCUUACCUUACGCCUCAAGCACAAAUGGAUGGCAGAGGCAGGUCGAGGAAAAUAUUUGCACCUGGUCGAUAGGAAAUGAAACUCUCGAGCUUUCAAAGGUUCCGACAACUUACCGACAGGAGACGAGACGAGGUGGAGGAAAUUGGGCCAUCGAAGACGCGUGGGAGAUGGUUGAACGAAGUCCCCGGUGGACGGAUUUGCGCAGCUCGCCGAGAGGAGUUGCUGGGCUGGGCGGGGCUCGGCUCGGCUGAAACCAGGUGGGAACGGAUGGCAGGCAGAGGUCAUGCAAAAUGUAACCGAAGUUCUCACAAGCUCGUGUCUCGGUGCUCAUGGUAAUGGAUGGUUACUCUUGAUCUAGUACCUCGUCACCAGUGGAGCUGCUGGACGAGCUGGAGAUCAUGCACUGUGACGAAGCAAGGUGGUUUUGGUGGCAAUGGAUGGUUACUCUUGAUCCGGUAAAUCGUCGUCACUGGAGUUGCUGGGCGAGCUGGAGAUCAUGCACUGCGUCGAAGCAAGGCGGUUUUCGAGGCAUCUUUCUUCCAAGGAACUUGGCGUGAUCAUCACGCUGAGUUCAUGGGACCAUCCCAUCCAACACUGCGUCGUAGGCGACCGACUUGAUCGCGCCACCACUUGCAACACAUGGGACGAUACCAUCCAACGCUUCGUCUACUCUCAACUCGUACUAGUAGAACAAGGGGGCCAGAGUCGCCCUUAACAUGAGCCUUUUUCGGCAUUUGUUGCAUUGCUCACUUAAGAUUUCGCCCUCAAUCUGUCCUUGGGAUGUUUCCUCAUUUUUAAAACCACGAACUGAGGGCUUAUAACAUACCGUCAUGCUACACAUUAUCUCGUAAAACACAGGUUAUGGUUGGAGAUUCGACCACUUUUCUGGAUAGCUCCCUCGUAAGUUUUACGAGUAACUGCAUAAGACACUUAUCCCACAAUACGCGUUCAUACUACUCAAUAAGUUGCUCUCCGUUGCUUUACCACAUGUUGGUUUUUCCUUUUAAUUUAAUAAUCUUGCAAUAAAGAGAUUUUG